AUGAUCGUGCCGAAUGAAGCCACGGUGCUGAUGGAACACCGGAGGAUCCAAGUGGUGCUCCUUUGCUUCGGCGUGGCGCUGGCCGAGAAGAAGAUCAACCUGGAGGACAUCGAAAGGGACAACUUACGAGCCGAGAGCAAGUCCAAAGUGGAGGAUGCACAAUCCGAAGAGCGGUACCAGGAGAAACUGGAAGUGGCCCAGCAUCGAUACCAGCCUCUUCAGGGCCAGCUUCAGCAGAGCGAUCAGGCCUCGACCUUUGCAGCUUCGCACCAGCCGCAACCCGUUAAGUACACGGUCCACCCGGAAGAGUACAGCGGGAUAAAGUACUCGGCGAACGAGGUGGCGUACCAGCCGCAGAAUUCCAUCCUGCAGGCCGAUCGGCAGAAUCUGCAGCCCCUGCAGUAUUUCGCCGAUUACCAGCAGCAGGCUGAAAUUGGGCAAAAAAGCGUCGCCCAGGGCGCUUAUGAACCGCAGCAAUUGCUCCUUCAACAACCGGAAGUCACGGUCGGCAACCAGAUCCAAAGUACUCAGCAGAAAGUCGUAACCGAGAAGUACCUGAAGAGUCCCAACAAAGACACUCUGUACGUCAACAUCCCGAUGCAUCAGCUGCUGUCCUAUUACCCGGGUUUGAGUUUUGGUCAGGUGCCCUUAACCAAGGGACAGGUGCAACCCCUGUUGCACCGAUUGGCAACGGAAGCUGCGCAGAAGAUCGCGAUCCCAAUCUACAAUCCAGGAUUUAGCAACGCCCAGUUGUUCCCAUCUUCCAGGGUGGCCUACCAAGAGGUCCAACAACCUCAGUACGUGACGUACGGGUCCAAGUACAACCAACAAUCGCAAUUGGCACUCACCUCUAAGGCUCCUAAAGGUUUGACGUAUGCAGCGACCGAAGAUGCGAGGUCCUUGGUGACGCCGGGGGCUUCCACGGUCCCCCUGGCACCUGCAGACCCUGCAGCUGCGGUUUACGUCCAGCAGGAUCAGGUGUACCCCCAACAGAAGAAGUACUCCCAUACCCAGGCCCUUAUAGGGCAGUCUCGACCGCGGUACGAGCUGGUUUACAACCAUCCGGGAUUGCUCUAUUUGCAAAGCCCGGCGUUCAUCCAGGACAACUCUUUGGCGCACAACGGCCAUCAACCGAGCCAAUACAGCCAAUACACCCAACCGCAACAGUUCUACCUCUCGCCUUCACUUCCCGACCAGGUGGCGAAAACUGCUUUGCCAGCGCCGGUCGUUUCGCAAAAUUACGUCAAGAUCCCGGAAGAGCCGAGAACGAGUUUCUCACCGCCCCAGCUACCGGCCCAAAAUUUCGACCCGGAGGACUCCCAACUGCUGACGGUCCCUGAUGGGGGUGACCAUCGUCAGUUCUCGAAUGGUCAUCAGCUCGACGGAGAGCCCAAAUCGCUGCUGGACACGUACGUCCCGAGCCACGUCAUCGCUGCUCAGGACUCCGCCAGGUACCGAGAGAGGCCGAUAAAACUCGAGGGAGGAUUUCUCCCAUCCAAGGGAGCUUUUGGCCACACCUUUGAGAAAGUCAAGGCGGAACCCUAA